AUGGCGCAGGAACUCUCACCAUCGGAGUCUUCUGGUGGUGCAGCGGCUCUGGCUCCCUCCGGCGCCAUCUUGGAUCUGGGAGUCUAUCACCCGCUAGACCGAAGCUGCAGCAGCACACCGCGCUCCAUCUGUAGUGAGAGUUGCCUCCAUGGAUACUGGAAAGUCCUACUGAAAGGAAAACAGAAAUGCUGCUACUACUGUGCCCCCUGUGCAGAAGGCGAAAUCUCCAACCAGACUGAUAUGGGAACAUGCUUAGUGUGUCCUAACGAUCACUGGUCAAAUGAAAGAAGAGAUUCCUGCGUUCCAAGACCGAUUGAAUUCCUGUCUUAUGGAGACACACUGGGGUCAUCUCUAAUUAUUAUAAAUCUUACAUUUUGCCUUGUGACUAUAGUUGUGUUGGGGAUAUUUAUAAAAAAUAAAGAUUCUCCGAUUGUGAAAGCCAAUAACCAGAAUCUCAGUUUCAUACUUCUCCUCUCACUCAUCUUCUCAUUUUUAUGUCCUCUCUUAUUCAUUGGACGUCCCUCAGAUAUAUCAUGUCUCCUCCGACAAGUGACUUUUGGAAUCAUUUUUAGCCUUGCAGUUUCUUCAGUCUUAGCUAAAACAGUGACUGUAGUCUUGGCUUUUCAAGCCAUUAAACCAGGCAGGACACUGAGGCAGUGGAUGAAGAGACACCUCUCCACAUCCUUACUUGUUAUAGGUUCAUCUGGAGAAGUUUUGAUCUGUGUCCUCUGGUUGUUUUAUUCUCCACCAUUCCCAGAUUAUAACACUGGACUAGAGGUUGGAAAGAUAAUCUUACAAUGUAUUGAGGGAUCUGCCAUUGCUUUCUACUUGUCCAUCGGCUACAUUGGAUUUCUGGCAAUGAUGAGCUUCAUUGUAGCUUUCUUGGCCAGAAGACUUCCAGACACCUUCAAUGAGGCUCAGUACAUCACCUUCAGCAUGCUGGUGUUCUGCAGUGUGUGGAUCUCCUUCAUCCCGGCCUACCUCAGCACCAAGGGGAAGUACACAGUGGCUGUGGAAGUUUUUGCCAUCUUAUGUUCCAGUGCUGGACUUCUGGGCUGUAUCUUCAUUCCCAAAUGUUACAUUAUUCUACUGAGACCAGAACUCAACACAAAGUCCAAUAUAAGGGUCAUAAGAAGACAUUGUACAGGGGAAUUUUGA